UCGGGCCGCCGCCAGAGCCGGGCCGCGCGAUGGGCAGCCGCGGGCAGCCGCUGCCGCGCCGAGGGGGCUCCCGCGGGGCCGCCGGGCGCUCGGGUACCGAGGGGUAGCGGCAGGGCUCGCCGCGGGACGCGCCGCCGCCUCGCUGCUCUGCGCGGAGGCUCGGGAGAGCGUGUGCGCCCGGAGGACAGCACAAUAGCCGGGAGGAGGAGACAGGGAAAGGGGCAGGGGGAAAGGAGGAGAGAGAAAGAGAAAGCACAACACGGGGGCUGGCGAGGGGAGGACGGAGCGGAGGACUCCUGAGCGUGGCUGCGCUGAGGGCCGUGCCCAGGACGGCGGCGGCAGCAGCAGCAGCAGGAGGUGGGUGGGGGGCGAUAUUUACCUUCCCUCCCCCGCCCCGAGCCUGCACCUUUGUCCACCCACUUUGAAGUGCUCUGGGAUCGCCGGGGUGGGAGCGUUGUUGUUCGCUAGCAAAAGAUCAGUCAUGCCGGGGAGAGAGUAGCGAGUGUACGGGGGGCUGGGGCCGGCAAAAGCUGAAGGAGACGGGGAGGAGAGACUGCUCCGAGGAUUGCCGUUUGCCUCCCAGCUUCCCUGCAUGGACCGCGAAAGAGACGCAUUGAGUUGACCCUGCCGGAGCUGUUUCUGCUUCUACUGUGAGAUCCGGUUGGUUUAUUCUCUCCACCUCUCUCUCUCUCUCCAGCCUCCUUCCCGUAUUCUCCACUUACUCCUGUAUGCAAAAUGGUGGACCCUGUGGGGUUUGUGGAGGCUUGGAAAGCACAAUUUGCAGACUCUGAGCCUCCUAAAAUGGAGCUGAAAUCUGUGGGAGACAUUGAACAGGAGCUGGAGAUGUGCAAAGCAUCUAUCCGGAGACUGGAGAUGGAGGUCAACAAGGAGAGGUUCCGCAUGAUUUACCUGCAGACUCUUCUGGCAAAGGAGAAAAAAAGCUAUGAUAGACAGAGGUGGGGUUUUAAACGUGUUUCUCAGUUGCCUGAAGGGGGUGCAGAGCAGCACAUCCAAGACCUGCAUCAUCACCAGUCUGCUGACCAAGAUGAAUAUGAAAAAGGCAAGUCACACCACGGGGAGGAAAAGUUCAAACCCAGGAUACCCUCUCUGCGGAAGCUGUCUACCCAGAGUGACGGGUCAGACCUGUCGCCUUUGGACAGCCCCCAUCAUGGAGAGGGAGAGCAGGACAGGUGUAAGUACUACGGUGAAGAAAAACUGAAGAGAGUUGUAGAAGAUACAGAGAAUCGCUGUGAUACAGAUGGCUCUCCUUCAAAACACAGAUCGGCUUCCACUCGCAGGCUAGUGGGAUCUGCUGAGAAAGAGGGGUCAUUUGAACCUAUUUCUAAGGAGAGAGGGAACAGCACCAGUGUGGCAGCCCUAAGGUCCAAUUUUGAGAGGAUUAAAAAGGUUAACUCACAUUCUUCUGGAGAUAAUAAGGAUGUUGUUGAAAAGCCCUUUUAUGUGAACAUGGAGUAUCAUCACGAGAAGGGCCUAGUAAAGGUCAACGAUAAAGAUGUUUCCGAUAAAAUAAGCUCCCUUGGUAGCCAAGCCAUGCAAAUGGAACGCAAAAAGUCUUUGCACUCCCUCCCUUCUAACAUGGUACCCAGCUUCAGCGAGUUCCAGAGGCCUGCUUACAGGGGAAGGUCCUCGGAGAGCAGCUUUGGCUAUGAUGGAGAAUUUGAGGAUGCUGAACUGAACCCCAGGUUUCUCAAAGAUAACCUGAUUAAUGCCAAUGGCAGCAACCGCUCACCUUGGCAGCCCAUGGACUUUCAACCCUAUCAAAGUAUCUAUGUUGGUGGAAUGAUGGGGGAAGGAGAAGGGAAGGGACCCAUUCUGCGAAAUCAGGGCACAACUGACCAGGAAAAACAUCUCACGUGGCCCAGGAGAUCCUAUUCCCCCAGGAGUUUUGAAGAUAUUGGAGGAGGAUAUACUCCUGAUUGUAGCUCUAAUGAGAACCUUACCUCCAGUGAGGAAGACUUCUCCUCAGGGCAGUCCAGCCAUGUUUCCCCCAGCCCCACCACUUACCGCAUGUAUCGGGAUAAAAGCCGUUCUCCCUCCCAGAACUCUCAGCAGUCCUUUGACAGCAGCAGUCCACCAACCCCCCAGUCUCAAAAACGGCACAGGCAGCAGCAGGUCAUUGUGUCUGAGGCUACUAUUGUGGGUGUACGAAAAACAGGACAAAUCUGGCCAAGUGAUGGAGAUUUGCCUUCUGGGAGAUGUCACCAGGACAGCUGCUUCCAUGGGGAUACAGAUGCUUCAUUCAGUGGCACCCCACCUAGCUAUGCGUAUGAUGCAGACCGUGCUGAAGAACAGAGGCGACAUCAUGAUAUGAUGCCCUAUAUUGAUGACUCGCCAUCAUCCUCACCCCAUCUCAGUUCCAAGAGUCGGGGCAGCCGAGACACCCUAUCUUCAGGGUCUCUGGAAUCUACAAAAUCAAGUGAGCCAGACUUGGAGAAAGGCUUGGAGAUGAGAAAAUGGGUCCUGUCAGGAAUCCUAGCCAGUGAGGAAACCUACCUGAGCCACCUGGAGGCUCUGCUGCUGCCUAUGAAGCCUUUGAAAGCAGCUGCCACCACCUCUCAGCCUGUGCUGACUAGUCAGCAGAUUGAGACAAUAUUCUUCAAAGUGCCUGAGCUCUAUGAGAUCCAUAAAGAAUUCUAUGAUGGGCUCUUUCCCCGAGUGCAGCAAUGGAGUCACCAGCAACGUGUAGGGGACCUCUUCCAAAAGUUGGCCAGCCAGCUGGGAGUGUACCGGGCCUUUGUGGAUAACUAUGAAGUUGCUAUGGAGACAGCAGAGAAAUGCUGCCAAGCCAAUGCUCAGUUUGCUGAAAUCUCUGAGAAUCUAAAGGCUAGAAGCACAAAGGAAUCUAAAGAUCAGACGACGAAAAAUUCCUUGGAAACUCUGUUAUACAAGCCAGUGGAUCGAGUGACUCGCAGCACACUUGUCCUGCAUGAUUUGCUCAAGCACACUCCAGUGAGCCACCCUGAUCAUCCACUCCUGCAGGAUGCUCUACGGAUCUCACAGAACUUCCUCUCCAGCAUCAAUGAGGAGAUCACUCCUCGUCGGCAGUCCAUGACUGUAAAGAAGGGGGAGCACCGGCAGCUGCUGAAGGACAGUUUCAUGGUGGAGCUGGUUGAGGGGGCUCGCAAGCUACGUCAUGUCUUUCUUUUUACUGAUCUGUUCCUGUGUGCCAAGCUCAAGAAGCAAAUUGGAGGUAAAAGCCAACAAUAUGACUGCAAAUGGUACAUCCCGCUCACUGACCUUAGUUUCCAAAUGGUGGAUGAGUCUGAGGCAGUGCCCAAUAUCCCACUGGUACCUGAUGAGGAACUGGAUGCCAUGAAGAUCAAGAUAUCCCAGAUCAAGAAUGAUAUCCAGCGUGAAAAGAGGGCCAAUAAAGGCAGCAAGGUCAUUGAGAGGUUGAAAAAGAAGCUCUCGGAGCAGGAAUCUCUCCUACUGCUGAUGUCUCCCAACAUGGCCUUCCGCGUACACAAUCGCAAUGGCAAGAGUUACACGUUCCUCAUUUCAUCUGACUACGAAAGGGCAGAGUGGAGGGAGAACAUCCGGGAGCAGCAGAAGAAAUGCUUUAAAAGCUUCUCACUCACAUCGGUGGAGCUCCAGAUGCUGACAAACUCCUGUGUGAAGCUUCAGACCGUCCACAACAUUCCCCUCACUAUCAAUAAGGAAGAUGAUGAAUCCCCAGGUCUCUAUGGAUUCCUGAAUGUCAUUGUCCACUCUGCCACAGGAUUCAAGCAAAGUUCAAAUUUGUACUGCACAUUAGAGGUGGAUUCUUUUGGGUAUUUUGUGAACAAGGCUAAAACUAGAGUUUACAGAGACACCACGGAGCCCAACUGGAAUGAGGAGUUUGAGAUUGAGCUGGAAGGUUCACAAACUCUGCGGAUUCUGUGCUAUGAAAAGUGCUACAACAAAACCAAGCUCACCAAAGAGGAUGGGGAGAGCACAGAUCGCAUAAUGGGGAAAGGACAGAUCCAGCUGGACCCGCAGGCGUUGCAGGACAAAGAUUGGCAGCGCACAGUCAUCUCAAUGAAUGGAGUUGAAGUGAAGCUGUCGGUGAAGUUUACCAGUCGGGAGUUUAGCCUGAAAAGGAUGCCGUCCCGGAAACAGACUGGGGUUUUUGGGGUCAAGAUCGCUAUUGUCACCAAGAGAGAGAGGUCAAAGGUGCCUUACAUAGUGCGCCAGUGUGUGGAGGAGAUAGAGCGGCGUGGAAUGGAGGAGGUGGGCAUCUACCGCGUCUCUGGGGUUGCAACCGAUAUCCAGGCUUUGAAAGCUGCCUUUGAUGUCAAUAACAAAGACGUGUCAGUGAUGAUGAGCGAGAUGGAUGUUAAUGCCAUUGCAGGCACCUUGAAACUGUACUUCCGGGAACUGCCUGAACCCCUCUUUACGGACGAACUGUACCCCAACUUUGCUGAGGGCAUUGCACUUUCAGAUCCUGUUGCAAAGGAGAGCUGUAUGUUGAACCUAUUGUUAUCGCUUCCAGAACCCAACCUGGUGACAUUCCUUUUCCUUUUGGACCAUUUAAAAAGGGUUGCUGAGAGGGAAAGCGUUAACAAGAUGUCCCUGCACAAUCUUGCAACUGUCUUUGGACCAACACUCCUCAGACCUUCAGAGAAGGACAGUAAAAUCCCUGCUAACCCAACCCAGCCAAUCACAAUGACUGAUAGUUGGUCACUAGAAGUCAUGUCCCAGGUUCAAGUUCUUCUGUACUUCCUGCAGCUAGAGACUAUCCCUACCCCAGACAGCAAGAGGCAAAGCAUUCUCUUUUCCACAGAGGUGUAGGUGCCUGUGAUACCAACAGGACACAAAAACCUGCUCUUGGCAUAAAUAUGCCGCACCUGAGAAAAAGAAGACUGGCGUUUCUUCAGACAUGACUGGCCUGUUCCUAUCCUGGGGAAUUAUGGCCCUCAGUGCUUCUGCUGUUUGUUAACCAGAGACAAGCUGAAGAGAAAGGAGAAAAAUCUCUACUCUUGAUUGGCAGGACCAGAACUGAACUGGAGAUGGAGCUGUGCAGAAUCUCCACUAGAAGGAGCAAUAGACACUUGAACAAAUGCACCACAGAGUGUGGCUGUUAUUCUUGUUGGGAAUGUGACAGAAGGUAUUCCUCAUUUUAUGGAUUUAAUUUAUCAUAAAGAAACUUCAAGAUUUCUACUGGACCACUUGAUAGGAUACCCCCUUUUGGGUGAGGGGGUGUUGAAGGAUAUAUCACAACUGUGUCUUUAAUAACUGCUGUUUUUAAAGUACUGUUCUAGGCCACAAAAAUAGCAUUGCUUUGCCAGAGGAGAGGAGAAGGGAAGGGUCUGGUAUCUAAGAUUCCCUCCUCAGAAAUUCAAGUCUUGAUUUGAACAGGGUUCUAAAGAAAUGAAACAGUUUUGCGUACAACUAGGACUGUUGGGUUUUGGGGGGGGUUGAGGUUUGUUGUUUGUUUUUUGUUUGUUUGUUUGGGUUUUUUUGUCUCGCCCAACCCUUCCCUUGCAAAUGUUUAUACAACUGUAGGGAAGGAGAUGCCCUGCUCUUGCCUAUGUUGCACUUCUGAUGGGUUUUUUUUGGGUUAAAGGAGCCAGACCCAAUGAUGUUACACUAUAAAUAAAUAUAGCAAAUUAAAGAGAGGCAGGGAGGAUGAGUCAGUGAUUCUGUUUGUGAUUCUGUUGUUUGUUUGCAUAUAAAAGCAGGGGCAAUAUUAUCCAGGCAGAAUUGCUGAAUUCCUUAGACACCACCAAACUUAAUGAAAAUUAAUUGGGAAGACUGUUAAUUCCGAACACUCCAAAGAAAAGAUGUUAUGACUGCAAAAAUAAUUCAAGCAUUUGUGGACAAAAAAAAACCCCAAAACAAUGGCUAUCAGUUUGGCUGGCUGCUUACUCCAAACUUUCAUCAGAACCUCUUUUUUUUGAUACUUGAAUUUUUGGAGGCUUUGUACAUUGCUUCUACAAGAGUCUUUUUGUGAUAGAUACAAAUACUUUGAUAAAACGUGUCAGAAUGUACUUUAUGGACAAUCUAGCAAGUAGCAUGCGUUGUGUGUUCUCCAGAAAUUCCAACUCUGUUUUAAAUAAGAGCAGUGAGGAAAUUUCUAUGGAACUACAUGCAGCAGUACAAAAGCUCUAGCCAAAUACCAGCUUUGUGUUUCCCUGCUGAAAUCAGUUAAAGCCACAGGGGUUACAUAGGCAUAAAGGGCAGCAGUAUUUGUCUAGGGAAUUGAAAGCAUAAUCUAAUUGCUGGUAUCCAGAGCAAAAUAUUCUGGCUCUGAAGCAGUUGUGCCAAACAUCUUGGGGGGUGGGAGCGAUUCCAUUUUCAUAAGCUACUCCAGCCCCCUUUACUUCCUACCCAGUUACGCAGCAUCCAUUUAGUGGCAUCCGUCCAUCGUCAUCCUGGCGAGAAGAAAAGUACAGCUUGAAGGCAAGGGAAGGAAUCGGCAUGAGAAGGGGAGGGAGGGACAGAUUUUGAAAGAUUGGUAGAUUGUCAACAUCAUUUGAGGGGAAAUACGACAAAGAAAGCAACCCCUGUUAUGCUGAAUUUCACAUUUUCUGAUGGGUGAUGUGCAACCUCUCAAAAAAAAAAUUAACAAAGGAGUCUUUCAAACAAAUGGAAAGAAAAAAAUUAAAGGGAAAUGAUUUUGUAGUCACUGUAAUUCUGACUGCUGCAUAUUAGAAAUUAUUGUACUGUGAAGUUGCAAAAUCAAAAAGGAACAAAUAUAAAUUUCGAUUUUGUAAGUAUAUCAAUAUUUUGCAUGCUUUGUAACGAUUCUUAUAGGAAUUUAAUAUUGCUUAGUAUCCCUCCCUCCUUAGGUCUGAGAGCAAACCUCUUUGUAAUGUAAUGUACAACUAGAAAUUCCUUCUCUCUUGUAUGUAUUUCCACUACAUUCCAACUUCUGAACCCAUAAAACAGAAAAAGUGUUUAUAGUAGGAGGUGCUUUUUUGGGGGAGGGAGGGAAUGAAGGCAAGGAAACUUGAAGGUUUGAGAUUUUGAUUUUUUAAUUUUUUUUUUUUUUUUUUUUUAAAUUUUUGGCCUUUUUGAAGGUAAAAAUUAGUCACAAUCCUGAAAAACAUUGACGUAAGAAACGUCAUGCAGACCAGUAAACCACACUCUCUGGUUUUGUUUUUAUGUAUUUGUUCUCAUUUUUACAUGGCGGUUCUAUAGCAAUCCUUUAACUGCAAGCUGCACACCUACCCAUUACAAGCUGUUGUUUGAUAUAUCUGAGGCAGUAGCACUGCUGAUGACUUCAUUUAAAAGGAAAAAAAAAAAAAACCAACCGAACUACACCAGGUAGUUGGGUGAUAGCCUUUUCUUUUUGGUGUUUGGAAUCUGUGGCUGCUCUUUGCAGUGUUGAAACUGGAAAGCAAUACCAUAAUGACUGUGCCAAUUUACUUUUGCCCAACUUUUUUAUUUUUAUUUAUAUAGGAAGUUAAUUUUAAUAUUAAAUUACUGAUCUAUAAUAUGUAACCAUGAGAAAAUUGCUUUUGCUUUGGUUACUGUUACAGGUUGUUGCUUUUAGUCUCUCAUUACAAUGCUCAGUUCUAAUGUAACAUUAUCUAACAUGCAGGCAUGUGGAUCAGGGAAAGAAAGUUAAUUUAACUUAACCCGUUAAUUAUUUCUCUUAAGUAUGGAUAUGUUUUCCCCAAAGCUGGUAAUUUUGGGCUGGAAAAGAUAGUGCAUCUUAUUGCUAAUGAUGAAAUCGUGGACUGAUUUGAAAUAUGAGAAUUGAUUUCUUGAAUUUCAUUUAAUUUCGCAAUUAAGUUUUUUCAGAUAGUCUUAUGUUUUCAGAAAUGAAGUAUUUCCAAAAGGCUUUUAUGUUCUUUUCCCAGGGAUGUUGGUUGGGUUUGUUUUGUUGGUUUUUUUUUUUGGGGGGGGGGGGGGGGGUGUUUUUUUUUUUUUACUUUGUUAUUUUUUUAAUAAGCCUUAUCAUACUUAAACAAAAAGGGAAUUGCAAAACUUGGCUUUAGAGAAGGCCUUCUGAUUUCUACUCUUAUAUAUUCCCUUGCGAGUUGUGUCAGAAAAACCUAACUCUUCCAUUUUCUAUAUUAAAAAGGUACAAUAUAAACAACAUAAGAGCAAACUAGCAAAAAAUUACCCUUUAUGUGUGCACUGGGAGUUUAUUCUCUCUCAGUUUCUAGUGUAUUGGAGAGACCUUCCUAAAAAUACAGGUUUCAGUAACAGGAAUCUGAAAUGUUAAAACUUUCAACUAAAGACAUUCAGGUGAUUGGGAUAGUCUGUGUAUCUCCAGUUUAAGGAGAGGAAUAAGCAUCAGUUUCCUGGCAUUUAGAAACUAUUUUCAAAUUCUGGGGGAUUUUUUUUAACACUCAAUAGGGUUUUAAGUAAAAUUUUUAAAAGUUAAGUAAAGCAAACCAUGGGAAAAGUUUUCAAGGAUGGACAAGAAAUAACAGUUACUAGAUCAGUUUCAGCUUUGUGUUUGUGCGUGCUUUGUAUGGGAGGGGAGCGUCUGAAACCAAAUUGAAACACAUCCAUUAAAAUGCUGCUGUUGUUCUUUAUUCUUGCACAAUUUUAACAAGUUGAGGUAGUAGCUAAGCUAUUUCAGGCUGUAUUUUAAUGCUGCUAUUUUUCAAUGUAUCAGCUAGGGGCAAAACGCAGUGUGUUGACUGUAUUUGCUGAUGCCCACUGCCUGCCUCGAUUCUGACCUUCAGUUGCUAAUACAAGGCAAUCAGCAUGCACCCUAUGAAGCAAAACUGCAACUUUUUUUGUUGGCCACAAGGUGGUGGAACCACAGAGUAUGUUUAUGGGAGAUGCAGUAUUUUUACAGUUUAUUCAUUUUACCUGUUUAAAAAUCUGUUUUACGGUUGUUUAUGUUAGUUUUCUAUGAGUUUAUUUAAACAAAUGUACUGUUCUUUAAAGCAUACAUGGAUCUCCAGAUUUGUUUGUCACCCUUGUAACACUGGAAGGCAUCACAAUGUGUUCAUCUAUCUUAACGUGCCAUUCUUUCAAGUAUGUAUAAAAUGUAAAUUGACCAACAUGGCUUUUAAAAAUGUUUAAAAUCUGAUGGCAAAAACCCAACCCUCUCUGAUUCCUCACUGGUUAAUUCUUUUGUUUCAGUGCUUGAUCAUCUACUGGGAUAACAUUAUCAGAUGUGGCAUUCUUAUUACGGAAAUUUCAGUAAGAAAUGGGAAAUGUUUUAAGAAAAAAACCCCUACCCUUUCUCUUUUUACUUUAAUUCAAGAAGACAGGGACUUGUAAAAACAGAAGACCAAUACAUUCAUGCUAGAUUUAAGGGAUUUGCUUCUGUUCCUUGAAGAAUAAUAAUAAUAAUAAUCUGGAAGGGCAAUUCCUAAUUAGAUACGAUCAAAUUAAUCAAAGUCUUGGUGUAGUUAGCAAGUCAGUUGUUUAUGCCCUCUUAAAGUUGUAGUCCAGGUAUGUUUUUCUUUGUAAACUUUUGCUAACUUUGUCAUAGUACUGUUACCAGAAAACUAAAUCUGAUACCAUUCACUUCCUUUAACAUAAGGUAUGUGCAGCUGAGAUACUGGAGCCUUACAUUAGUAUUAGCAGUUGUCCAUUCUGAACUAGAAUGAAAUGAAUGUUCAUAUGUAUUCUAUGAAUUUUCUCACUGAAUAGAAUUAAAUACAUGGAUUGCCCUUAAAAUCAACAGAAGCUCUAAUGGAAGCACUUACAGUUAAUGAGUAUUCCUUAAGAAGGUUUUAGGCAAUAAAAGUAACACAAAUGGAAAAGAGAAGCAUUGUUAGGAAUCACUCAGAUCACAUCAUCUGGAACUAGGAAGAAGUUCUCACUUCAGGUUCCAGAAGAAGGCUUAUGCCCUAGAUCACCAUGAGCAAAGACUGUCUUGCCGGUGAACGGACAUUAAUACAGGAACGCCAGGAAUUUAGCUACUGUAGCUUCCCAGUUCUGAUGUGCUCCAACCCCUCUUUCUUGCCACUGAAAAUUUACAGUUCAGUGCUAAAAAAGCAAAGCUUAUCACUUGCUUUCUACACCGUCCCCCGCCCCCCGCAGCAAUAGAUAGGGAGGAGCAAUAGAAUCUGUAUAUUACUGUAGGUGAAAUGCCACCACAAAGAAGGAAAAAGCUAGUAGAACCAGAAAGUUAGACUACUGUUUAAGCUAAAAGUCUGUUUUGGGGCUGCAAGGAUAAAAUGCCACAAUGUGCUAUAAUGAUGAAAUGGUUGAAACAGGACCAAAGCAAACUUGAGUGUACGUGUUAUCUUGAUGCUUCUCCUUCCAUGACCUUUUUAGAUGGUUUAAAGAUUUAGGCCUUCCAGGUCAAGCAAAUACUUAAAUGCUAUUGCCAAGGAUUAGAAAAUUAUUAAAUGACCCAGUUUGCCUCCACUGUUUAUUCUCUUUGUGUUACCGUCGUAUAGUGGAGUUGCUGGAGACCAUUGUAAAAACAUGCAGGUGAACCAUGUGAGUAUUUUCCAUGUCAUUUACUUCCAUCGUUCCAUCUUGCAGUAAGAAAGACCCCUCCUUUUCCAACAGAAACCACUUCACAUCAUUCUGCACUGUAGAAACAACCACACUGGGAGGUUCAGUUUGUAGCAGAGCUAUCCCUGGAGAUAACUAAAAUAUCUCCAGUAUUCUGGUGCAGAAUGGACCAGGUACUGCUAAAGCUCUGGGCUUGCGUAGUUUUACGUGUUAAGUAAGAUUCUAUUAUUUACACCUGUUCAAGCACAUUUGGGAAUUAAUAUGAUUACAGAGUCCCUGAGCCUAGCAGAAGUGUUUGCUCUACUGCUUUGUCCUAAUUGCAGUCAUGUUCAAAUGCUUUUGCCAAAAAUGGUUCAUCAGAAUGGAGAAAACUUUUUUUUAUUUUCCACUAGAGCUUUUGUUUGUGUAACUGUUGCAGUCUUUUUUUCCCUGGUGGUAGGGUCUUCUGAGAACGCAAAACAUUCUGCAGAUAAACCAUUUCUCUGAUCUGCAGAAUGAUUUGUAUGAGAAGGCCGUGUUAUAUCCCUGUGGAUGUACGGAAGGGCAGGCUUGUGUACAAAACAGCUUCCUGCUUGGAAGGGGAAUACAGCAGCUUUCUGCAGCUGCCCCCCAACGAGGAGCACAACGGGUAGAGCCCACCAGUGAGCAGAUGGCCUCGGUCCUUAGAUGCUCACUUCUCCCUUGGGGCAGUCUGAGUGAGGUCCAGAAGGCAGUUAUGGGAAGAUACUCGUCCGGUUCCUUCUUAUUGUGCCUAAUUGAAUGAUCAAAUGCCAAUCUACAUACAGUAGCUCAAAUUUCCUCCAUUUUAGUCCCAUUUUGGGAGAAACUGGGACUACACUAACUCCAGGUAUUACACAAAUAGUCAGCUGAAAACUGAUCCGUAUCUAAAAACUUUCAAAUAUAAUGUAAAAGCUGCCAUAGCAAAAGGACAUUUCUUCACAACAGCCUCCUCUAACCCCUUCUUUACUGCUUCUCACAGCCUAAGAGAAAUCGUGUUUUGGGCUUCACAGUUACGCAUGAAAACUUGCAGAAGCCACUCAGUAAUGGUAAUAUAUUUGGAAUCCUGGAUAAAAUUUACCUAUGCAGGGACAGAUGUUUCAAGAGAUGGGAUAUCAGUACUAACGAAGGCAGCAAAAAGAGGGUAAGGAAUUGUUGUGUUGGAGAAGCACCACAAUGAAACAGUGAAUUUUAAAAUUAUCUCACAGCAGGACACUGUGAAAUGUCCUUUCUGUGUCUGUCCAUCAAAAAACCCAAACAACUAAGCCUUCUCUUGCCUAUGUAAGUUGUGCAGUUUGUUCUUAUCUCUAGUAUUACAAGCAUUUAUAAUCCAUGAAGAAUUCCAAGGAAAGGAGUUAAGACUAUUUAUUUAAAUAUAAAUACAAUUAAAUUAUAUAAUUAGUGCUAAAUUAUCAGGUGUAGAAGACAAACAACUUGUUAUUGUUUGGAUAAUUUUGGGUUUCAUCAGAGUUAAUAUUGUUGGCAUUGUUUUAACACUACCAUGUUAGAGAGUCAGUUUUUGACAUUUUAUACUGCUGUUGCUAGUGCUUCAGUAUCUCAUAGUGCUCUGUUUUUGGGAAAGAAAACCUAAUCCUAAUAGUUUAACACUGAAAGGUGUUGAAAUUGUACUGGUAAACAUCUCUCAGUUUAGGCCCAAAGAGAGGGAAAAAGGAAGGGGAAAAAGGGGGGGGCAAAUAUUGUCAUUCUGGAUAGUGGGGUUUUUUUAAUUUUCUGAGAAAAGUGGUAUGAAAAAGGGAUCUAAAAACUGUAUGUGGGGGAAAAAAAAGGCAUUUGUAGCCUUUCUUUGUACACAAUGUUAAAUAAAAUCUCCUGUAUCUA